UGGGAAAUUAUAUUGGAUACUGAACCAGGUCUGCUAUAAUAUACAACUAUCUACAUUCGUUUAUAAAUUUUUGGAUAUUACAGGUUGUUAUGCAGCGAUUGGUGUUGCUACCACCACAUGGAAUAAACGUGGUCGUUUAGGGGAUAAUUCAGAUGGUUGGGCAUUAAGAAUCUAUUCUGUUAAUCAUACAAGUUUUGAGUUCAAAGGUACACGACAUGGCGGUGCUUCGCAGGAUUAUUAUAACGGAAAAUUUCUCACUGGUACAAAAGUUGGUGCUCUGCUAGAUUUGGACAAAGGAACACUAGAAUUUGUUAAUAAUGGUGCAAAGAACGGUUUAUGCUCAAUUUUCUGGACUCGUUUAAGUUUUUUAAGCUACGACAGGUGUGGAACCGAUAUAAAAAUGCCGAUCGGUGAUUUUAAAUUUAAAACCGAACCGGUCAAUUGUGACGAUUUAACAAAAAAAUUGGAAGUCUUGUGA